AAGAGGUUCAAUAGGGCGAGGCUCAGGAGGAGAGUAGAGUGCGGAUCCCAACAUGUGGAUGGAGGACAGUGUUGCUCAGCUAUGAACACCAUGCUAAGUCCCAAGCUUAGACAGUCCAGGAGAGCUAGGUCUAAGAGCAUGGUCAUGGGGGAGCUCUCCCGCAGGCCAUCAUCCCCCAGCCUCCAAGACAGGAUGUUAAAAGCGGGCUGGCUUAAGAAACAGCGCAGCAUCAUGAAGAACUGGCAGCUGCGCUGGUUCGUGCUUCGAGCUGACCAGCUCUACUUCUACAAAGAUGAAGAGGAAACCAAACCACAGGGAUGUAUCCCGUUGCAGGGUAGUCAAGUCAACGAGCUGACAGCCAAUCCUGAUGAACCUGGGCGGCAUCUUUUUGAAAUAGUUCCAGUUAUCUGUCACGCCCCUGGAUGGCUGGAGUUUCCCUUGACUCCGCCUCCAGCCUCUAAAUCCCGGACUCUAAGUAUCUUUGGCCAGCACCUGGAGGACACAGUACAGUAUGAGAGAAAGUUUGGACCCCGACUGGCCCCUCUGCUGGUGGAGCAGUGUGUGGAUUUCAUACGGGAGCAGGGUCUGAAAGAGGAAGGUCUCUUUAGGAUGCCAGGACAGGCCAACCUGGUCAAAGAACUCCAGGAUGCUUUUGACUGUGGGGAUAAUCCUCUGUUUGACAGUAACACUGAUGUUCACACAGUGGCAUCCCUCCUGAAGCUCUACCUCAGGGAGCUGCCGGAGCCUGUGAUCCCCUUUAACAAAUAUGAGAACUUUCUAACCUGUCUACAGCUUCUGCUAAAAGAUGAAGAAGUGGGUCUCAGUGAGCUUGUGAACCAGGUGAACACUCUUCCUCAGGCUAAUUAUAAUUUGUUAAAGUACAUUUGCAAAUUCUUAGAUGAGGUGCAGUCACAUUCGAAUGAGAACAAGAUGAGCGUUCAGAACCUUGCAACAGUUUUUGGACCAAAUAUCCUUCGGCCUAAAGUAGAGGACCCUGUUUCAAUGAUGGAAGGAACCUCCCAGGUUCAGCACCUGAUGACGGUGUUGAUCAGUGAACAUGAGCGUCUGUAUGUGGGGCCUGAGGGAGAUGCGAUUUCAGAGCAGACCAGAAUUUGUCGUCAGGGUCAGCGUGGCAGGGCAGAGUGGAUCUCCGAUGAGGAGAUGCUGAACUGCUCAUCGCCGAGCCAGACGUCCAAAGUGGCAGAGAGUGUGUGUGGCAGUGCCACGUCCUUAGAUAUGAAUACAGGUGCCCCUACCACUGCCAAAAUGACACCUCAGGGAAAAGCUGGGGUGACAGUCAGCCCCAGCAAACAGGCUAAAUCCCUCCCCUCUUGGAAAUACUCCUUCAAGAGCGGAGGGGUACGUGCUCAACCUGCAAAAAUCGGGGGCUCGUCUGUGGAUGUGUCCACCUUGCCCAGUACGGGCAACUGGUUGAUGAACGGGCUUUCCUCUCUGCGCAGCCACCGGCGUACAUCAUCAGGAGAGCGCAUGGGCAAGGAUUCAGCCCCGUCGCACCGUCUAUCCACUUACGACAACGUAACCUCAUCGAGUCUCAGCGUACCCAGCGUCGCAAGCACGCCCUGGUCCACGUCCUCCUGUGAGAUCUUAGUGGACGACUCUGUGGGUAGUGACCCCUCUGGACUGAACUCUGUGAAGGUGGAUUGGUCAGUUGGAGGGUCUGUCCAAGGGCAAAGUGGGGACAGGAAUUCAGAGGUCACUAAGAGCAGCGAAGCACUGGAAAUGUGUGUGAGCAGUGCAGGCUGCAGUGAGAAUGGAAGUGGAGAAGAUGCAGUGAACGUCACAGGAGAUACUGACAUUAGCAAGACAGCACUUAACGGCCUGGUAACAGAGCUGAAAGACGAGUUAAAGAAACAGAAGGUCAACUACGAAUCACAAAUACGAAGGCUAGAGGAAUCAAGUGUCACUAUGCGUAACCAAAUGGAGAGACUAGAGGAGGAGUUGGACCAGGAGAAGAAAAAGUAUCGCAUGUUGGAAAUUAAACUCCGCAACUCUGAGCGGGCCCAUGAGGACGCAGAGACCCGCAACCGCUUGCUUCAGAACGAGAUGGAGGAGUUCUUCUCCACUUUGGGAGAUCUUACGUUGGGAACAAGGGCAAGCCAAAUUUGACUGGCCCUCUUACAGGCCUCCUGAUUUAACACUGAGAAACUAUGUGUUUGUUGUAGAUAGAAUUUCGAAACCUCUCUGCUCAUGCAUCAUGAGUAUUCAGAGGUAAUUUUGUGCUGUUUUGUUACAGCGACUUGAUCAUGUGUAGCAGUUACACUUUUCUCCCUGAUCUUCAGUCUUUCAUUUUAAAGGGAUA